UGCGUGAUGCUCCGUGCGCCUGCGCAGUGUGCCCGCCUGCUCGUUGUUAUUAGUGUUGUUUUUGUGUUUGCUUUGACGGUUUAAACCUUCACGGAGCAGACAUGACGCGGGCCGCAGCCUCCUUCACAUUCCUGCUCCUCAUGUGUCUCUGUCGGGCAGAGUCUCCCAGCCCGCUGAGCACGGAGAAUCUUCUGAUCAACGUGACAGCGGGGACCCUGGCCGACACGCAGCUGCAGGACUCCAACAACCUGCAGAUCAAUCUGAACAUUUCGGUCGGGGAGGAGAAGGUGAUGGUCAACGACGUCCCGGUGGAGCUGUCGGGGGUCACCAGGUUCACCUGCCAAGCUCUUCUCUUGGACAGCAUCAAUGGGAGCAGGGAGUUUGAGUCUGGGGACUUGGUGUCCACCGUCACCCGGGUCAUGGUGAGCCAGAACCGGCUGUACAGCGACUCGGAGGAGGUGGUCUCUCUGCAGGUGUACAGCGAAGUCAUCGAGAUGGAAGGCAAGGAGGUCCAGCAGCCCGACAUGUGUGAGGUGAAGAUCCUGAUGAGCCCAGACUUCCAGAAGCUGGCCCAGUUCACCAACGUCUACCCCAUCGGGCACAGCCAGAUGUCCCGGCUGCCCCGAGAGGACGACGUGGUCAUCACAGACCUGCCCAACACCAGGAGAGACGAGGAGCAGCUGGUAUCCCACACCACCAGCCAGUACCCCCACACGGAGAGGCACACCGACACCACCCAGGAGGAGACGGCGGCCCCGGGGAAGCUCCCGGAGACCCCCCUGAGGAUGGACCCGGACCUGCUGCGCCAGGUCCGGUACCACAGCCAGUACGAGGACGACAGAGAACCCAGCCAGCCGGACCGGAACCAGAUGGAAACCCCUCCCAUGUCUUCUUACUCGGCCGUGUGUCGGUGGGUGGAGGAAGCCCGGGAGCGUCUGCGGCGCUUCUGCUCCGAGUCUCUGCCCGUCUUCUUCCUGGUCAUGUGGGUGGUGGUGAUCGGCGUCAUUGGCUCGGCCUUCAUCGUCAAGGUCCUGGACAUGUUCUUCCCGUCGUGUGAAAACAAGCACAUGUUCCACCUCAACCCCGUCACGCUCAUGCCGGACGACGAGAAGCACAAUCUCCUGGAGAACAUGGAGAACGUGGAGGUGGAGGAGGUUGAGGUGGAGGUGGAGGCAGCGGAGGAGGAGAAGCCCUGAAGGAGACUCGGACACGUCGCAGCAGUUUGGUCUUAUUUGGUCUUUAAACCUCUUUAAACCAGGGCCCGUCUCCGCCCAUUCACCCCCGUCCACCCUGUAAACCCGUCAGCCACCAACCGGAGCAAGUUCACCGUCGGUUCUGGAGCGCCGACGGCUCCGCCCGGUAACGUCUGCACCGACGGGUCAACGGAGGGCAGUUCCAUGAGUCCAGCCACGCGGCAAAAGUUUCUCCCAAAAAAGAACCAAAUCAGUCACAAAAAACACCCACGAAAGAAAAAACUAUUUCCAGAUUUAUGGGCUUGAAAAACAAGCUCUUACUUCCUUUUUACAACACAAGGCUCUAUACUCCAGUGUAAAUCCUAAAACUUGCAAGUAUUCCUUUAAAGGCAGGGUAAGUGAUCCCGUGCCACAUUGAUUUCAUGCACCCGGUGGGUGGAGGGACGUAGUUCCUCAGGACGCUCUGGAGGAAGGAGCUCGCUCGCUCGCUGUGUUGUUGAUGCGUCAUCCAGAAAUCACUUACCCCACCUUUAAUCUUCCACCUCCCAUCGGCGGUCAUCCAGCCGCGCCAUGAAAGCUUCUCAGACUUGUCGUCCCAGGUUGAGCCCAGAAUGGAAGGAGCCCCCGGAGGACGAGGUGCAGCGGCAGACGAGCAGAAUCUCUGCAGGUUUAAACAGCAAAUAAGAGCAAACUGCAUCCGCAAGCUUCCGUUCAAGUGUCACACCUCCCUGUCUGUAGCACUUCUGUACAGCUCGCUUUUGGGUUUGUUUUCCCCCUGUUUUUUGUUUCUCCACAACUGGAAGUUGGUGGAAAUGCUGUAAAAGAAAACUGUGGUGUAUUUAUUGACGGGGACAGCAGCCGCGGUUCCUCCCUGGCCCCUCCGGCGCCGCCACGGCGCAGACGACACUAAAACAUUUCAGCCACUCGGCCGUGUUCACACUCUGUUUGCAUGUUUUGUGUCAGUUAAAGUGGAUUUGAAUGUCCUGAUGAUGAAGGUUCCCGGGGGUCGUCCAGCAGUGCCUGCUACGAGGGCUGUCGCCACGGCGACGGGGGUGGAAGUUACUCUGAAUGUCUAUGCACCGUAAGGGCAUUAGGGCCAGGCAGGAGAAAAAUACAAAUAUUUUAGAGCAGUGGUUCCCAACCUUUUCCAACUCAGGGCCCACUUUUAUGUCUCAAAAUGUUCUCAGCCCACCUCCGAACUUUUUAAUUCUCCCUGUUGCUAGCCAGCUAUCCAUCUUUAUAAGUCUCUUUGAAUGUUUUAAAGUGGUCUGACCGAUAACAACAAAAGUUCCUAUCGCUCCUUUGCUUGUCACAUGUCUAAUACUUGAAGGAACACAAAACAAAAUAAUGAAAAUAAUAUUUAAACAUUUUUAAUAUCAUUUUAAACAUGUAUAUAUUUAUAUAAUUAUAUCCCCCUCCCCCACAAAAAUCAUACUUUUUUGGAAAUAAUUUGGCGGCCCACAGGUUGGGAAUCACUGCUUUUAGAGGAUGAUAUUUUUUUUUUUUCAUUAUGCACUUCGAGAAAAGAGUUGAAAUGUUGAGAAAAAAAGUUUAAAUGUAUUUCAACUUUAUUCUCGAAAUUUCGACUUUAUUCACGAAAUUUUGACUUUAUUCUUGAAACUGUAUUUCAACAUUAAUCUCGACAUUUCCACUUUUUUCUCGAAGUGCACAAUAAAAACAAAUCUUCCACUCUUCCACCCCAGAGCGAGGCGUGAGCACCAGAGCCAUUUCUGCGUGCUGGACUCCUGCAGCCACCAGGAGGCGCCGGCCCGGCCCGGCCCGGCCCCACAUCCAGCACCUCUGGAACCGCCCCAGCACGUACUCGUCACGCCUCACAUGUGCACCUGAAACACCGCUCAGAACUUUCAUCUCAAAGAAAUUCAGACAGUCUGAACUUGUAUGUGAAUUUAGUGGAAGUGCGUUCUCUGAAAGGUACAAGUUCAGAGUUUUCUCCUGCAGAUAUGAGUUAAUCAAAAAGAAACCUCUUCAUGUCUGAAUUGAUUUCCCCACACCAGUGAAACGUGGAGAGUUUCUGCUCCGUCCCGUCUCCUACAUUUGUUGACCUCAAACUGAUUCUUCUCACUAGAAGUUAACGUCACAAAUUUGCACGUUGGAUCCAAUUAGUUUGGAUUCUUUAGGGUCAGGAAUUCAUGUCCCGUUUCUGACUUUAGAGUCUUUGUUACUCAGCCACUUUUAUUCUCCCUAUGAAUGUGCACAUGUAUAAAGUCAGAAAUAUUGUGUUAAUUCCAUUUAAAGUGUUCUUCACUCGCGCUAGACUCAGAUUUAGUGCCCCCCCCUCCCCCCGAAACGGCCCUGGUGACCACGAAUGCAAGUGGAACUCAAUCAGAAAGCUGCCCGGAUGUUUCACCUCCCUGUGGAAGAGUUUCAGGGCCAGGCAGGAGAAAAAUAAGAUUUUAGAGGAAGAUUUGUUUUUCUUCAUUAUGCACUUUGAGAAAAAAAGUCGAAAUGUCAAGAUUAAUGUUGAAGUAUAAUUUUGAGAAAAAAGUCGAAAUGUCGAGAAUGACAAAAUUUUGAAUUUAUUCUUGAAAUUACGACUUUAUUAUUUAAAUUGUAUUUCAACAUUAAUCUUGACAUUUUUCUCAAAGUGCACAAUAAAAAAAAAUCUUCCCCUCAAAUAUUUUUUCUCCUCCGUACCUCCCUGUGCUGGACUGAGUUCACCUGAGAGAGCAGAACUUCUACCAAUCCCACCUGCACGCCGCUCUGGUUCU